CCUGCGUAAAACAAAGAGCCGAGUAAUAACGCGGAGGGGAAAAAACUUGGUAAAAAUAUAUUUUGUUUACAAGAUUUUCCGUAGUUUCAAAGGUUAGGAUUUUAAGAUUUGUACGUGACUCAGACGUCAUUUUCAUUCUGGCGCCAGCGUGGGCAGCUCCAAGGUCCUUCGUGGAUGGACCCCGGUGUUGUAAACAAGCGGGUGAUGCUUUCAUUAAAGUUACGUCUUUAAUUUGAAAUAUAAAACAUCACUUCAUUGACGCUGCUCACCACCAACUCAUGGCGAAGGAGGAGAACGAGUUAGAAAAGCGCGCCAUCGAGGAGCUCCUGAGAGAGACUGACAGGGCGCGGGUGCGAGCGGAGACCAUGGGCCCUGCAGGAUGGUUGAAGUGUCCUCUGCGGGGCGCCAACAAGCGCUUCCUUCUCAACACGCUGCGCUCCACGGGGGGGCUGCAGCGGCGUGGCGGUGAGCCCAAAACCUCGGGACAGUCUUCGGGCCGAGGACACGGCGGGACGGGUUCCCCCGACAGGAGCCGCAGCAGGUCCCGGGACAGGAGACGCUCCAGCAAGCGUCACCACAGGAGCAGUCGUGAUGGGCGCCAGGACGUGGACGGCGAGCGGGAGAGAAGUGGGCGACACGAGGACGAGAGGGAGGACAUGUCCAAGAUGGACGCUCACAAGAAGGACAAACGCUGAAUGUCAGGACUUUGGACUGGUUACUCAUGGACACACAAAACAUGUUUAUUUCAGGGCUAGGUUCUAGAUUUUCUUCAUUUUCUCACGUGACUUGCUAAAAACAUAUUUAUUUCAGGUCUAGGUUCUAGGAUUUCUUCAUUGAGUCAUGUGACUUGCUAAAAACAUGUUUAUUUCAGGUCUAGGUUCUAGGUUUCCUUCAUUGAGUCAUGUGACUUGCUAAAAACAUUUAUUUCAGGUCUAGGGUUUCUUCAUUGAGUCAUGUGACUUGCUAAAAACAUGUUUAUUUCAGGUCUAGGUUCUAGGUUUUCUUCAUUGAGUCAUGUGACUUGCUAAAACAUGUUUAUUUCAGGUCUAGGGUUUCUUCAUUGAGUCAUGUGACUUGCUAAAAACAUGUUUAUUUCAGGUCUAGGUUCUAGGUUUCCUUCAUUGAGUCAUGUGACUUGCUAAAAACAUAUUUAUUUCAGGUCUAGGUUCUAGGAUUUCUUCAUUGAGUCAUGUGACUUGCUAAAACAUAUUUAUUUCAGGUCUAGGUUCUAGGAUUUCUUCAUUGAGUCAUGGGACUUGCAAAAAACAUGUUUAUUUCAGGACUAGGUUCUAGGUUUUCUUCAUUGAGUCAUGUGACUUGCUAAAAACAUGUUUAUUUCAGGUCUAGGUUCUAGGAUUUCUUCAUUUUCUCACGUGACUUGCAAAAAACAUGUUUAUUUCAGGUCUAGGUUCUAGGUUUUCUUCAUUUUCUCACGUGACUUGCUAAAAACAUGUUUAUUUGAGAUCUAGGUUCUAGGGUUUCUUCAUUUUCUCACGUGACUUGCUAAAAACAUGUUUAUUUGAGGUCUAGGUUCUAGGGUUUCUUCAUUUUCUCACGUGACUUGCUAAAAAUGACUUUUAUUUGAGGUCUAGGUUCUGUUUUCUUCAUUGAGUCAUGUGACUUACUAAAAAGGACAUUUAUUUGACGUCUAGGUUCUAGGGUUUCUUCAUUUUCUCACGUGACUUGCUAAAAAAACAUUUAUUUGAGGUCUAGGUUCUAGGUUUUCUUAAUUUUCUCACAUGACUUGCUAAAAAAACAUUUAUUUGAGGUCUAGGUUCUAGGUUUUCUUCAUUGAGUCAUGUGACUUACUAAAAAGGACAUCUAUUUGAGGUCCAGGUUCUAGGUUUUUGUCAUUGAGUCAUGUGACUUACUAAUAAGGACAUUUAUUUGAGGUCUAGGUUCUAGGUUUUCUUAAUUUUCUCACAUGACUUGCUAAAAAAACAUUUAUUUGAGGUCUAGGUUCUAGGUUUUCUUCAUUGAGUAAUGUGACGUACUAAAAAGCAUUCAUUUGAGGUCCAGGUUCUAGGUUUUCUUCAUUGAGUCAUGUGACUUACUAAAAAGGACAUUUAUUUGAGGUCUAGGUUCUAAGUUUUCAUAAGACAUGACUAUUAUUGGACUUCCUGUGAUUGCAUCACAAAAGUGAGUCUGGUCAUGUUGACACAAACCUGGCAGCCAUUUUAUGGCAACUUCAUGACACCUUUAUGGUGGCCCACUUCUUCAUGUUGGUCCACUGCAGGUGUACUUUGUUCCAGUGCAGGAAACAUGAUGAUGUUUACUUCCAGUGCAGGAAACAUGAUGAUGUUUACUUCCAGUGCAGGAAACAUGAUGAUGUUUACUUCCAGUGCAGGAAACAUGAUGAUGUUUACUUCCAGUGCAGGAAACAUGAUGAUGUUUACUUCCAGUGCAGGAAACAUGAUGAUGUUUACUUCCAGUGCAGGAAACAUGAUGAUGUUUAGUUCCUGUGCAGGAAACAUGAUGAUGUUUACUUCCAGUGCAGGAAACAUGAUGAUGUUUACUUCCAGUGCAGGAAACAUGAUGAUGUUUACUUCCAGUGCAGGAAACAUGAUGAUGUUUACUUCCAGUGCAGGAAACAUGAUGAUGUUUACUUCCAGUGCAGGAAACAUGAUGUUUACUUCCAGUGCAGGAAACAUGAUGAUGUUUACUUCCAGUGCAGGAAACAUGAUGAUGUUUACUUCCUGUCACGCUCAGUGAGUUGACGACACAAUGCUUCAUUGGUGAAUGGGAGGAGCCAUGGAAUUAAUGAACUCAUCACUUCUGGUCAUGUGACACAACUCUGCCUACUUCUGGUCAUGUGACACAACUCUGCCUACUUCUGGUCAAAAGAGCCCAAAUCAUUUUCCUUAAAGCCACAUUGAGCAGUUGACUAAACAUAACCAUUUUAAUAAUAAUAAUAAUAAAGGGGGCGUGGC